GCGGGGGGGACGCGCACAAAGGUGCGGCGGCGAUGGGCGGCCCCCCCGUGCCGUGAGCAGCCCCCCAUGCCCGGCCCGUGUCCCAUGCCGGCCCCUCCGGAGGCGCCGGACGCUCCACAGGCCCCGGAGAGCGCCGGGACGGAGCCGGAGCCGCCGGCGGGCGCGUCCUUUUCUCCUGAGCGAGGCCACCCCAAGGUGACAAAAUUGAGCCCCUCAAGGUCACGGUCGACUUCCUGACGGUGCCCCUGGGCCUGAAGAAGCCCCCGCUGAAGGAGGCCCUGGCCGCUCUCCCGGGAAAACCCAAAUCCCAAAUCCUGGAGCGGCGCAAAGCCCGGCGCUCCGACGCCAUGGACAACGAGUCGCAGUAUUCCGGAUAUUCCUACAAAUCCGGCCAUUCCCGCGGCUCCCGCAAGCACAGGGAUCGGCGGGAGCGGCACCGCUCCAAGAGCCGGGAUGGGACGCGCGGGGACAAAUCGGUGACAAUCCAAGCGCCGGGAGAACCUUUGCUGGACAACGAAUCCACGCGGGGGGACGAGAGGGACGACAACUGGGGCGAGACCACCACGGUGGUGACGGGGACGUCGGAGCACAGCAUCUCCCACGACGACCUCACGCGCAUCACCAAGGACAUGGAGGACAGCGCCCACCUGGACUGCUCCCGCCACCUGGGCGUGGCCCUGGGCGUGGCCCUGGCGCUCCUGGCCUUCCUCACGCCCUUGGCCUUCCUCCUCCUCCCGCAGCUGCUGUGGCGGGAGGAGCUGGAGCCCUGCGGGACGCCCUGCGAGGGGCUCUUCAUCUCGGUGGCCUUCAAACUCCUCAUCCUCCUGCUGGGCAGCUGGGCCUUGUUCUUCCGCCGCCCCAAAGCCUUCUUCCCGCGCGUCUUCGUCUUCCGCGCCCUGCUCAUGGUGCUGGUCUUCCUGCUGCUCGUGUCCUACUGGCUCUUCUACGGCGUGCGGAUCUUGGACUCGCGGGACCGCAACUACCGCGGCGUGGUGCAGUUCGCCGUCUCCUUGGUGGACGCUCUGCUCUUCGUCCACUACCUGGCCGUGGUGCUGCUGGAGCUGCGGCAGCUCCAGCCCCAGUUCACGCUCAAGGCCGUGCGCUCGGCCGACGGCGCCAGCCGCUUCUACAACGUCGGCCACCUCAGCAUCCAGCGAGCGGCCGUGUGGAUCCUGGAGAAUUACUACCACGACUUCCCGGUCUACAACCCCGCCCUCCUCAACCUUCCAAAAUCCGUCCUUUCCAAGAAAAUGUCCGGCUUUAAGGUCUAUUCCCUCGGCGAGGAGAACUCCACCAACAACUCCACGGGGCAGUCGCGGGCGGUGAUCGCGGCGGCGGCGCGGCGGCGCGACAACAGCCACAACGAGUUCUACUACGAGGAGGCCGAGCACGAGCGCCGGGUGCGGAAACGCCGCGCCAGGCUGGUGGUGGCGGUGGAAGAGGCCUUCACCCACAUCAAGCGGCUGCAGGAGGAGGACCAGAAGAACCCGCGGGAGAUCAUGGACCCGCGCGAGGCCGCCCAGGCCAUCUUCGCCUCCAUGGCCCGCGCCAUGCAGAAGUACCUGAGGACCACCAAGCAGCAGCCCUACCACACCAUGGAGAGCAUCCUGCAGCACCUGGAGUUCUGCAUCACCCACGACAUGACCCCCAAGGCCUUCCUGGAGCGGUACCUGACGGCCGGUCCCACCAUCCAGUACCACAAGGACCGCUGGCUGGCCAAGCAGUGGACGCUGGUCAGCGAGGAGCCGGUGACCAACGGCCUCAAGGACGGCGUGGUCUUCGUGCUGAAGCGCCAGGACUUCAGCCUGGUGGUGUCCACCAAGAAGAUCCCGUUCUUCAAGCUCUCCGAGGAGUUUGUGGACCCCAAGUCGCACAAGUUCAUCAUGAGGCUGCAGUCGGAGACCUCGGUGUGACCGGCCGGGAUGGGACUUUUCCCCAAAUUCUUCCGGCUCCGAAUCUCCGAAUUUGGCUCCUCCGGCGCCGCCAGGCUGCGGAAAACCGGGAACGCCGCUCCCGGCUCCGGCGCCUUGCUGGGAUCAUGACCACUCGUCCUUUCCUGAGGUGGCUGAGCCCCUUUUCCUCCUCCUCCAACUCCUCCUCAUCAUCAUUCCCCAAAUCCGGAUCCUUCGGAGCCGUAACUCAAGGGCUAAUUCCAAGAAUUCCCAACUUCCUUCUUCACCAGCGUCCUGGAGCAGCUCCGGGUCCCUCCUGCUCCCGUCCGUUUUCUCCUGGACAUCUGUCCUGGCUCUGGCCUUAAACCCCUGCCGGGUUUGGAAUCCCGAGGGAAUUCCUUGGGCGAGGAGAAGGAUUUUGGAAGCAGCUCCAGGAUCCGUGGCUGCUAUGGAAAACUCCCGUGGUGCAUCCCAGGUUUCGGGAGCGUCCUCCUCGCCUCCCUCCGCCGACGGUUUUUUAGGAAAAAACAGCGGAAAUUUGGGGUUUUUUUGGAGGAGGAGAAGGUUGCAUUGAGGUUUUUGGGGUUUUUUUGGGUGGAUUUUGCUGCUCCGGAGAGGAUCCGUGUCCCAAAUUCCAGCGGGGCAAUCCUGGAUCCGUAACCCUGAGGAGCUCCUGGGAGAGGUCAGCGAGGUCCCACAGAAUUCCCACAGAAUUCCCACAGAAUUCCCACAGAAUUCCCACGGGAAUCCCACGGAAAACGCUUUUUUUUUUGCCUCCUCCUGGUUUUGCUUUUAAGGUCGCAAAUACCUCAUGGAUGGAUUUGGAAUUUUAUUCCCUUUUUUUAUUUUUUCCCCUUCUCCAGCUUCCACCUCCACCCUGGUGGGGUUGGAAGUGCCGGAUUUCAUUCCAGGGAGAGUUUUGGGGUCGGAUUUUGGGGCCGAUUUUGUCCUGAGCACUAAAAAAGGAGAGUUUGGAGCCAGGGGAGGCUUCCCCACCAGCACCAGUAGCAAAAUGGGGGGAUCCAUCCCCAAUUCCAGGAAAUCCCCCCUUUUUUUUGGGACUUUUCGGGGGGAAUUUCAACUUGGAGCCCAUUUUGGGGCAUUUUCCUGAAAAAAA